CCAGCUCCAGUGUUGAUGGCAUUUUGAUUUUGAAUUUGUCAGCCAACUGUUUAUUAAGUGUUUUGACUCGAAGCCAAACUGUUCGCGAACGGCGGCUUGCUGCAUGCAUCGGUCGCAAAAUCCACACACAAAUAACUGUAAAAGGUGUAUAAAAUAAAAUAUAUUUAUGAAAAUACUCACUGAAAGGGAGAGUGUGAGCGAGUGAGAGCAACAGCAUAUACACGUGGUAAAAAUCACGAUUAAUCAUUCAAGUUACUGUGCCACUUCGAUCCACUUCUGGCACGGGACGAAUCGGAACGUAGCGGAACGUAACGGAACGUAACGGGAUCCGGGCUAUGCAAACGAGACGCGAUUAUUCAAUCAAAAAAACUCGCGCUGCUACGUGAAUUAAGUGAAAUACAAUUGCAGAAAUCAGUAAGAGAAACAAAAAAAAAACCAAAAAAUUCAAAAAACCAACAACGAAAGUAUUGCAAAAUGCGCCUGUGCCUGUGCCUGUGCAUGCACCUGCCCCUGUUGCCCAUGCUGCUGCUGCUGCUGCUCGAGAGUGUGGCAGCUGCCCAAAGCAGCUACAAUUCCGUUUACAAUGAGGUAAUUCCGCCAGAGCUAAAGCAGGCCAUUGACAAGGAGCUGCCAAAGCAGGCCAAGUUCUUCGAUGAGCUGGACCUGAUACCGCAAUCGUGCCGCUUUCGUGGCCACAAGUUCGAGUGCGGCCUGUCCAUCUCAUGUGUCUUGGGCGGCGGCAAGCCCCUGGAUCUGUGCUCUGGCGGCAUGAUCUGGUCAUGUUGCGUGGACAAAGAUCUCGAUGCCGAGGAGAGUCCACAUGCCGCUCCAGUAAACAAUACAAGUGACAUAAUACACUUGCAUGACAUUUACCCCGAUCUGUCGCCGAACGCAAACAAGCCACAGCCGCAACAGCAGGCGCAGCAGCACCAUCACCCGCACCACCACAGCAGCAGUGGCAACGGCCUGUCAACGGCCUCAUCCACAUCCACAUCCUCCUCCGCAUCCGCUGGCCGGCCAUCCUACCCCAGCAGCAGCAGCAGCAGCAGCAAUAAUUACUACAGCACCAAGCGCCCAACGCUGUACAGCGGCUCCAAUCCCUACAAGCCUGGCAGUGGAUCCAGCCAUCGUCCCCCGCCAACACUGAAUAACUGGGAGCAGGAGACAGGCCCUUUGGGUUCCAUCAAUGGCAUCACCAAUCAUCUGGACAGCUUCUUUGAUGCCGAUGGGCCAACACCCUUGGACUUGGCGACAGGACCGCAGCAGCAGGCGCCGACACCAGCCCACGAGCUGUUGCCCAAUGCCCAGGCCUUUGCGGUGGGCAAUGUACUGGAUCUGAAUGGGGGCGAGGCGGCUGAUGAGUAUCAGAGUGGUGGAGGAUAUCACGAGUCCAGCUAUCGACCAGUGCCGGGCUGUGGAGAGGUGUACACACGCUCCAAUCGCAUUGUGGGCGGCCAUUCGACGGGAUUCGGUUCGCAUCCCUGGCAGGUGGCACUGAUCAAGAGUGGUUUCCUCACCCGCAAGCUCAGCUGCGGCGGCGCACUGAUCUCAAACCGUUGGGUGGUCACCGCCGCCCACUGUGUGGCUACCACCACCAACUCGAACAUGAAGAUACGCCUGGGCGAGUGGGAUGUGCGUGCGCAGGAGGAGCGACUGAAUCACGAGGAGUACGGCAUUGAGCGCAAGGAGGUGCAUCCCCACUACAAUCCGGCAGACUUCAAGAACGACGUGGCCCUGAUACGGCUGGACCAUAACGUGAUCUACAAGCAGCACAUUAUUCCCGUCUGCCUGCCGCCCGCAUCGACCAAGUUGACGGGCAAAAUGGCCACCGUGGCGGGUUGGGGUCGGACGCGGCACGGCCAGAGUACGGUGCCGUCGGUGCUGCAGGAAGUGGAUGUGGAGGUCAUCUCCAAUGAUCGCUGUCAGCGAUGGUUUCGCGCUGCCGGACGCCGCGAGGCCAUUCACGAUGUCUUUCUCUGCGCCGGCUACAAGGAGGGUGGCCGCGACUCCUGCCAAGGCGACUCGGGUGGACCGCUCACCCUCACCAUGGACGGCCGCAAGACACUGAUUGGCCUGGUCUCGUGGGGAAUCGGCUGCGGCCGGGAGCAUCUGCCGGGCGUCUACACGAACAUCCAGCGCUUUGUGCCGUGGAUCAACAAGGUGAUGGCCAACGAUAAUGCGUAGUGCAGGGACGCGUCUCGCCCCUGCAUCCGGGGAACAAACUGAAUCGGAAGACUGCCUGCCCACCUGUCCGCGGCGUAGUUCUGCGGCUGUGUGUGAAUGGAGAAGGAGCGCGGCCCCAGCGGACGCAUUAAGGGGAGCCCAGGCCAUGUGAUUCCUCUACGACUCGGGGUUGCUAGUGUGUAAGACGAAGGUCGUCACAGUCGCGGCCCUUGUAUCUAUUUUACUCAUAUUACAGUUUCCUUUCCCUCCCUAAUCGAAGCCCUGUACCCUGUACCUGCAUUCCAUUCGUUUAUUGUUCGGCUUAAGCUUUCCAUAUUUAUUACACUCUGCUCGACGAACGCGAUUCCUACAAUUGAAAUUCAUUUACAAGCAUAUUUAUAGUGUUAGUUAUUUAAAUAAACAUUAAAAGUA